GUGGACUCCAGGCUAUGGGUCUGGGGCCUACCCCAGCCCUCUGGGAGGCCGUCCCGUCUGUGGCGUGACAGGCGGCCCAGGUGAGGCGGCACCACUUUACCCUGAGGCAUCUGAGUUUGAGACCCUUGCCCUUCCUGUCCUGACCCUCCCCUCUGGCUGCUGCUCCUUCCUGUGCCCUUCCAACAAAUGCCACCUGCACUGACCUCUCCCUCUGUGCCCCCAGAUGGCCACCAUGAGCCGGUGCUACUACAAUGAGACCAUCGGCUUUUUCUACAACAACAGUGGCAAGGAGCUCAGCUCCCACUGGCGGCCCAAAGAUGUGGUUGUGGUGGCCCUGGGGCUGACCGUCAGCGUUCUGGUGCUCCUGACUAACUUGCUGGUGAUCGCAGCUAUCGCCUCCAACCGCCGCUUCCACCAGCCCAUUUACUACCUGCUCGGCAACCUGGCCGCAGCCGACCUCUUUGCAGGCGUGGCCUACCUCUUCCUCAUGUUUCACACGGGCCCUCGUACCGCCAGACUCUCGCUGGAGGGCUGGUUCGUGCGGCAGGGCCUGCUGGACACAAGCCUGACCGCCUCGGUGGCCACACUGUUAGCCAUCGCCGUGGAGCGGCACCGCAGCGUGAUGGCCGUGCAGCUGCACAGCCGCCUGCCCCGCGGCCGCGUUGUCCUGCUCAUCGUGGGGGUGUGGGUGGCCGCGCUGGGCCUGGGGCUGCUGCCCGCCCACUCGUGGCACUGCCUCUGCGCCCUGGACCGCUGCUCACGCAUGGCCCCUCUGCUCAGCCGCUCCUACCUGGCUGUCUGGGCACUGUCCAGCCUGCUUGUCUUCCUGCUCAUGGUGGCUGUCUAUACCCGCAUUUUCUUCUACGUGAGGCGGAGGGUGCAGCGCAUGGCGGAGCACGUCAGCUGCCACCCCCGCUACCGAGAGACCACACUCAGCCUAGUCAAGACCGUUGUCAUUAUCCUGGGGAAGAGUUCCAGGCAGAGGGAACAGAAGGUCAGAGCCCUACAGGACCGGGCCAGUGCCUCCAAAGAGGAGAGGAGGCCCGUGUGGCUGGAGAGAAGCAGGAGAGAAGGAGCAUUCGUGGUCUGCUGGACACCAGGCCAGGUGGUGCUGCUCCUGGAUGGUCUGGGCUGCAAGUCCUGCAACGUUCUGGCUGUGGAGAAGUAUUUCCUACUCUUGGCGGAGGCCAACUCACUGGUCAACGCUGUGGUGUACUCGUGCCGAGACGCUGAGAUGCGUCGCACCUUCCGCCGCCUCCUCUGUUGUCUGUGCCUUCGCCGGUCGCCCCACGAGUCUGCCCGCUAUGCUCCCUCCACCCGAACAGGGGCCAGCACGCGCAUCAUGCUUCCAGAGAACGGCCAUCCCCUGAUGGACUCCACCCUGUAGCCAGCCUGGGACUUCAGUGUACUGAUGCAAAUGCCCUAUUAGAGCCCCCGUCUGCUUGUAAAUGCACCGGGCUCAACCUGAGCUGCAGGACAGACCCUCAGUCUGCAUGGCACAGCUUCCCUGCCAGCCUUCCCUGGGCUCAUGGCUCUGCCUGCUGUAGGGCCUCGGAGUCAUCUUGGAAUGCCCAGGAGAGAGUCAGAGGGGGUUCAGGAAUCUGCUCUUCAAUCAUCUCAGGCCGUAGGGUUUUUUAACUGACAUUUUCUGGUUUUACUGCUCAUCCCUGGUAAACCCUGUGGACCACUUCCUUGUCCAUGGCGGUGUGGGUGUUAGACUGGGGAGAGGAGGGCUGUCUCAGGCCACUCUGCCCAGUGCGACAGGGUAAUAAGGCUGGCCCAGGGAUGCACCAUCUGCCAGAAGCGGAUUCUUUUGGGGCAUGGACUGAGGGGUACUGAGCAUGAGCUAGGAAAAGGUGUGUGGCCUCUUGGAGCUUCUGGGGUCUUGCCUGUCCCGAUUAGAAUUAUGGGGGGGGGUCUGUGGGGAGAGCAUGAUACAAGGAGUAAACCUUUCUUUCCA